AUGAGGCAGAGAGAACUGUUAGAAUUCAGGACACCCCAACACCCAUCUUUAGGCACUAACAACUGGGGUGGUGCUUCUCCAUUGUUAGCCAGAGACAUACCCCAGGAGUCCCUCGAACAAAGGUACUUGAGGCUUAACACGAUUCGAACUCGAGACGAAAUCUUUCCCAGUGGGAAAGAUGACUUCUUCAGCAUGUCUAAGAUUGAAGCAGCUAAAUUUCAAUGUCCCCCGACACCAAGCCGUAGAGGUUUUUUGUUCAAAUUGAUAUGGAGACGAAAAGAGAGCGCCACCUUGGGUUCCAAUUCAAAGAAAAAGAAGAAAUGGUUCCCGAGAUGGGAUCCGAAAAAUAGAUGGCCUCAAGGUUGGUGUUGA